UAAUAACCUUAAUUAAUUUAAUCAAAAACACAAAACAUCAAAAAUGAUGUGAAAAUGAUCAAAACAAGCAAUGAGCAUUGUGAACAAUUGUGAAGUAAAUACCUAUUUUAUUAGGCAUAAUAAUUACACUAUAUUAAAUAAAAUUUUAUCAUAACACGUCACCAAGGUACAGUAGUUAAUCAUGGGAAAAUAUAUGGAAUCAAAAUAUUCCGAUGUACGGAACAAAAUAAUUAAGAAAAGUGUUAAAGCGCCAAACAAGGUAUUGAAACAUCCAGAAGCAAAUAAUUAUGGUGAUGAAACAUCAUGCAAAUCUGAUUUAAGUAGAAAUAUAAACUUAAAUGAUAGAAGGAUAUGUGAUUUUGAAGAAAACCCAAAAGAUGAUCAACCAUUAUUAUUCAACGAAUGUAUUGUUACCAUAAGCAAAAACUUAAAAACUUCUUCUCUUUGUAUAACACUAGUAAACCAAGAUAAUGAUAUAUUUUCAGGGGAUACACUAAAAAUCAGAUAUGAUCAAUAUACAAAAUAUAACUUAUUAUUCAGUAUAUUUGACGAAAUUGCUUUAGAAGGAUUGGACGGUAUUACAAUAGAAGCAUUAUGGAAAAGACUUAAUAUUGUUUUAAAAAAUUUUAAUCUGUGUACUUUAAAAAACUUAAUUUGGAAAUGUAUUUGCUCAAACGCUGAUAUAGAAUUUUUUGAAUUACCUGAGCCUAGACGUAACUUAAUGAUUAAUAUGAAUGAUGAUCCCUAUGGACAUUGGAAAGUAUUCACUCCAAUGUUUGACAUUUAUAAGAUUGAGUCUGCUCCAAAGGGUGAUAUUUUGGGUUCAUGCCCUACGUUAGCCACAAGAUUGGAUGUGACUGGUCAAAUUCGUGAUAUGAGUUUGGAACAGGCCUAUCAGCUUUAUAAAAAUAAAUUGGUUAUAGUUGCCAGUCAAAAAUUACGAACAAAUGCUUUAUAUGAUGAAUUAACUGAUAUAAAUUAUGAAAUUAUGCCAAUUGAAUAUUGUAUUUUAGAAAAAAUUGGUAGGUCUAGAGAAAUAGGAGAAAUCACUCAGGGUGUUUCAGCAUUAGGCAUUGGGUUUAAUAUGGACUCUAGAUCCGUUCAUCAUUAUAAAAAUCGAUUGUAUGGUCAAAAUCUAAUCACAAAACAAUAUUUUUGUCUUGAUUCUUCUCUUGAUUUUACCAAAACUGGAAGAUUGCUACAUUUGAGGAGAUUUUAUAGAAAAACGAAAACAAAAUCGUUAAUCGUAGCUGAAACAAUUAUAGAUUACCUAAAGAAAUGUCCAAAUUAUCAAUGUGAAUAUGAUGCGAUGAAAAAAUUAUUUGGCGGUAUUGUUCCAUACAAACUUUUAAAAACCUCUGAGUUGCUAAAAUAUAUUGAAAAAAAAGAAUCGGUGCCUUAUAGAGAAAUAUAUCCUGAUGCUGCAAAGAAGGAAUAUACGGUUAAAAGUGCCAACAGGGAAAGGGUCUUAAAAGUUUUACAGCUAAAAAGCCCUUAUAUCAAUAUUGACGCUAAUUGGGCAGAAGAACAGUAUUCUUCAGACGAAGAAGAUGAAAAUGAGGGCACCGAGAUUGGUAAAGGAUUAUCGACGAAUUUAGAAUACACAAGGGAACUGUACAAAAUUAUUAAAUCUUAUGGACCAGAAGGAUGUUGUGCGGGUGACGUUCGUCACACAUUUGACGUAGACAAAUCUACACUAAAAAACUCUCUGUUGAAACUCUCUAGAGCAGAUUUAGUGGAUGUCAAAAAGAGAGACCUAGGAAAACAGAGAUGUAAUCAGUACGUAGCAAAAUAUUUUAAAGAGCAAGCGUCUUAUGAACCGCCUCCAAAAAUUCAAAAGACCCAGAGUACCCAAGUUAGUACUGUUGAAAAACUGAAACAAAGACAAAGGCAAAAAUUAAGUGGUUUAACGAAGGACAGAAUAUAUACACAAGAAGAAUUUGAAGCUGAUCAGAAUUUAAAUAUACAGAAGACUUCUCACUUGCCUGAUUGUUUGCCAGUACCCCUCAUUGUUUGCAAUUACUUUAUUUCCUCAUACAAUAAUCCAGAAAUAAUUAAAGAGGACAUAAUUGUUGCUGAAUUUUUCUGUGAGAGUAAAACAUUUAAACUGAACUUAAUAUUUCCAGAUAUAUUAGACAAAAUUAAUCUUACUCAUGUUUUGUCACCUGAAGAAUUAACUUGUAAAAAAAUUAUUAAUUUGGAUAUAUCAUUAGAAAACAUAUACAAAGAAAAAUACAAGCCCGACUAUAUAAUGAAGGCAUUCUUGAUUCUAAGUCUCUUUAAACAAAUUGAUUUUGAUAAGGAGGCAGUUAUAAAUUUUCUUGAUUCGGACAGCAAACUAAAGGAGUCAAGUUUGAAAAGGAAGCACUCAGAUAUGUGUGGUAAAUCGGGACAGAAGAAAGAAGAGUGUUUGAAGAUAUCUACAAAUAAAGACGAGACGAUAGAUUAUAUGGGACCUACUCCGGUUUUGGCAUCCAUUAAAAAAGUUGAUACCAAUUUAACUGUCGAAAUUGUAAUGUCAACUCCGCCAAAGGCUUAUGUUACAGGAGAUAUUACUCAAUACAAACCUGUUGAAGAAGUGUCUGCGAGAGUAUUAAGAAGAAUACAAAUAAUUUUAAAUGAAAUUAAUCACCAGGUGGUGUAUGAAUCCAUUCAAAAACUGUCGAAAUUCAUUUAUACCAAAGAAAUGGGCGAAGGUUAUGAUAAACGUAUUGAUGUAAAAUCGUUACGCCGAAUCCUCAAGAGACUAAUUAGUGAAGGAUAUUUAAAAAUUUACAAAAUACAUGUUAGAAAAGAACAGGUGAAAAAGACGCAGGUUCUCAUUUGCCAUCCGGAGGUUGGCCACGACCACGAAAUAAUAAAAGCCAUCACAGAACAGCUGGUAUGGAGAUUUUUCGAAAAUCUUCCCCGUGCAUUGGUAAUAGAAGAAAAGAGAGAAGGGAAGAGUUCCCCAUUUGCAUCCAAAGAUGUUCAAGCCAGUAUCGAACAGUUACGCCAUCUAAAACAGAAACGAGUGAAAUAUAAUUGGAUGAGAUAUUCCAGGGGAGCGGUUAAACUUUAUGGAUACAAGCCGAAAUUUUCUAGAAUGUCAGUUUUGCACGAAUUACUUUUUUAUCUGAUAUACGAUAUGGACAGACGCACUCAGCCACUUUCCGCCAAAGAAAGACUAGACCUUUUCAGAAGUAACCAGAUUAGCGUUACAGCUGAAGAUUUGGAUAAAAUUCCACCUAUGUACUGUAAAGAACUGUCAUGGAAAACGUUUAUACCGCCCCUGCCUCAUCAUCAGUGUUGGGAGGGUGGUUGGGCCCUUAUUUGCGAUGUCAUCUUACGCAUACCGUUAUCUUUGAUCACCAAAGUGCAUUGUAUUCGUUUUUAUUGUCCCGAUCUUCUACAAACCCUAGAACAUCCUAUUAAAAGAUUAUACUUGUUGAAAGACCUACCUGCCUCAGUACAAACCCUCUUUUUGUCCCGUCGUAAGUACGUGCACGACGUAUACGAUACCAUCAUGCGUCUGGGCUAUUGCGGUUUAGUUCAGUUUGGUCCUUCGAAGUAUCAUGAGAAAGACCAGACUUUCAUCUAUUUGAAUCGCAGAGCCAGUCUGUUAGAGACCAUGACGUCCGAACCAUCUUACCACAAAGUUUCGGAUAAGGAGUAUAAGCGUCUGCGUUUUCAAUUCAAUACCUUUGCCGAUGUAUUGAAAUAUUGGUCUACAAUGUAUAAUAUAUGUAUGAAUACUCCCUUGAACAAUAGGCUUACUAUGAUUGGGAAAAUUAUUACAGUAGAAGGAGAAAAAACUAAACCGAGUUUAAUGGAAGUGCUUACAGUGCGAUUACAGGACGAAGUUGAAGAGCUUGAUAAUGGUAAGAUACCGGGUGAUAACAAAGGCGCUGGUGGUCUAGAUUCGGUACUGUGGUCCCAUAUUAAAAGGAACUGGUUCUUUGUAAACACCUAUAAAGAUUUUAAAGAUGAUUUGGACUCCCUUAAAUUUGAUCAGAUUGGAGAUGGCGAAGUGAACUAUGACAAGCUUAAAAUACCGGCUGUCACUAAAUUCUACAUUCCUAAACAUCAACACAGCGUUAAGACCAUCAAGACGGACCGACAGGCGAAUAUUGUACGAGUCACAAAGAGGAACCCGAUAUUCAAAAGAAAGAUUCAACAUCACCACCCUCGUCCGAAAAAGGUUGGAACUAGAGACUAUUACGAUGACGUGGAUAAAGCCAUUUAUAAACAGUUCAAGGGCUCUUUAAGGUUGAAAUCGCUGUGGACGGAAGAAGAGAACAAACUACUAAUUAUUCUUAAGAUUGCUAUAGCAUUCUUAAAUCCGAGACAUCAUAACCUGGUGAUUUCUUAUAUAGCUGUGAGAGACAUAUUACACAGAGUUUUACCCUUGACAAAAAACAAAACGAGCAGGAUGUUUGAAAGGCGUUGGCGUAGACUUUGUAGGGACAUGCCAGCCCUUCAAAGUAUUGACGUGUGGGUAUCUAAUUUAUUCAAGCUGGAUGCAAUACAAGAAUAUUUCGUCCCGCUCAGGAUGUACUUGGAGAAUGAAAAAGAUGCGUUAGGUCGUCAAUUUAAAUUAAGAGAUGCGGAACUGCAAAAUGCCUUUGUAUUUCUCUGCUCUUACAUAUUUACUCAUCGUGAAGAAGUGGAAACAACAUUAGACGGAAACAUGACCACUAUAGAUUACUUUAACACCACCAAUAUCGACUUCAACCGAGGAAAUUUGGUACCUAUCGAUGAAACCGAAAAGAAAUAUCGUGAUACAGAUAAUAUAGAAAAGAUACGAAAAUACGUUUUGAAGAAUUUGUUCCACAGUACGCUCGUGUGUAAAAAGAAUAAUCCAGCUUCGUGUUACCAGAUGUAUAAAAUGUAUCAGAAAUUCAGCGAUACUUACCUCAAAAGUACUAUAGCGGAAAUGAAAGAGCACAGAAUGAUAUCAUACAGAAAGAAAAUGAUACGAAAAUUUUGUGCUUCCUACAAAAUGAACCUUCAUUUCGUUCAUUCCCAGAAUACUGUGUUUUCGUAUCAGACAGUGGAAGCUGUGUUUAAAACGAUUUAUAAGCUAGAAAACUCGUUGUUUGAUACUACAUCUGACAGCACUGAAAGACAAAAAUAUGGUCAAUUGUUAGCGUUAAAUGAGAUUAUGGAAUGUUUGGCUGAAAAGGUGAAUAUAACUUUUAUGGUUCCAGAAAACCCGUUUAUAUUAAAUCCCAAAAUGAAGGAUCACAGCGACGUAAUUGAAGAACUGGCUCGAAGGUUUCAAUUGAAACUUAAACAAGAACAAAAAGAGUUAGAAUUACAAUUGAGUAAAAAAACGCAACCUAGCAGCUCAAGUACCGAUCAGACUGACGAUGACAAGCCUGAGGAUACUUUGAAUCAGUUAGAAACUAUAGAAAUUGACGACGACGAUAUACCUUUAGACUUAACCACCGGCGCUAGUGUGAAAACGAUUGACAAUUUAAAACACUGGAUUUCCGAUUGUAUUGAUUCGGAACGGGUAAGAAGUCCUAGUCCGGAACUGCUCAUAUUUGACGAUAAGAUUAAAAUUGAUGAAAUCAAAGAGGAAAUCGUUGAUGAAAAUAUGCCUGAAAACAAUGAAGAUGCUCGUGUAUUAUCAAUUGAAGAAAUUAAAGCCGAAAUGUUGAAGGAGAGUACAAUAGACGAAAAGCGUGUUGUACCGUACAUAACGGACCUGAUGAAGUUACUGUCCGAAAACUUUGAUGAAAUAGAAGAUGAACAGAAUAUCGAUCGUCUGAGAAAGCAUUUCGUGCAACAGUAUCCACAAACGGAAACGUUUGAAGUCGAGGGUUUAAGUGAUAGUAAAGUUUUAGACUUGUUACAGUACAAAGUGAAUCUUAUGGAAAUUUGGUCAGAUAUAUUGGGCGAACAACAUUAUGUAGCACCCAGUGAUACGUCAAACGCUUACCAAGAUAUCCUCGACGUGAACAGCACUAUCGAAGAUAUUGACUUGGCGACUCGUAUUUUAAAUUUCGUCUACGAGAAGCAAGAACUCGGUGCUACAGGGCCAGAGUUAAAAAAUCAAUUUCUCCAAGAUGAAACUAACUUUUCGUUGGAAUUUCUCGUCACGUUAUUGGUGAAAAAGAAAUAUCUGUUGAAGACUGGCGUGACUGUGAUAAGAUUCGUUCAUUACAAAUACGCCCCUGUUUGGUUAAUUGAGAUUUUUCAUUUGGCCGAAGAUCAGGAAACUACAAAUAUAAAAAUAAUGGACUAUCAACAACUAAAUUUGCUUCAGAAGAAAAUUGAUAAAAAUGCCGAGACUACCCCAUGGGUGUUGAUAAAAGUGAGGCCCUGGAUUACAGUAGAUGGGACAAUAAUUAAAGAUAUACUCAAACUCUGGUUGUCUAAUAUUUGCACCUAUUGUAGUGAAAAUCCCAGAAUUACAUUAUCUCGAUUAUUUGCCAAAUUUUCUUUCGUCUCGCCAGUAGAUAUUUUUUACUUGCUAGAAGUUUUAAAACAAAUUGGGUGCUUGGAAAUACGCCAUUUUCUCUAUACAGAACUAGAUUUCUUCUCGGAAUAUCAAAUAACGGAAGAUUCGAAAGCUGGAUUUUUGGAUAACUUUGAAGAUAUGUUUAUAGAGACCAGCAGCCAUCCAUUUAUUUUGUUAGGAAACUUCUUUGAUUACAUCCAACGGUAAUACUGUUAUUUUUACAAUAAAUUAUUAUAUUGUUAAGUAAGCAUACCUAUAUAUUUUUUCUAAAUACUGUAAUCAAAUUCCCACUAUUAUA